AGACGUCUAUAGGAGAAGACAGCACUAGUUUUUGUGUUAAUUAACACACACGUGCUAGUAAUGAAGGCUAUUCAUUAGACUGAUAUAAUUUAAUAUCAUUAUUCACACUUGAAAGUGUUUCUGCCACAUCAGCUGCUGGAGCCCAUGAGCCAGUAUUUUCUAUCCUAGGUGUCCAUGGCAGCAGUGAGUCACCAGAAGUUGGGGGGGCUGAUUGUCAUAAAUGGGGAAAAGAACAGUUUCUGAUGGGAGCAUUAAGGAAUUAAAAGCUUUGGCAACAAGACCCUUUAUUGAAGUGUAUAAAUAUGGACUUAGACCCCAGAACCUAAGUCAUGUAGGAACCCAUCUAUGACUGAGCCACCUGCCCUCCCUCUGCAGCCACUGAAGCAGGGGGGCAUAUAGACAUCCGCAUGUCUGCCUGACGAGCCCUUCUUUCGUCAUGUGCAUUUGAAAUUGCAGAUGACUAAAGAAGAUCAGGAUUCAGGUGUAAAUUUAUGAACUUAAAAGGUAAAACACAAAAUGCUUUUCUUAAUAUGCUCAGAAUCAGCUCCUCAUUAUAUGGGAGGAGCAAUUUUUACAACAAAUGUGUUAAAGUACACAAAGUAUUAACCCAGCUGAUUUUAAAAGUCCUGGCAGAACUUCUGUCAAUGUUUAUUCGCCCAUACAUUGGCUUCACAGAACAGACUUUAAUUAUUAGCCAUUUAUUGCAGAGGAUUCUCCAAAUGGGUAAAAGGAGACGUAAAAUAAAAUGCUCUUAUCUGAGUAGAUGCUUAAGUAACAGCUAAAUUAAAUCUUUGCAUUAAUAGUAUUCAUAGAAAGGCAGAUGGGAGCAGAAAAUGUUGCAAUGAAGAAUAUGGAAUGAGAUGAGAUCACAGCAUCAGUCUGUCCUUUGUAGAUCUGGACAAUGAUCACAGAGCCAGAUUGGAUUAGUGAAACCUAUUUACCAGAAGUUCAGAGCGGUUGCAUGAAGCAGAAAGGCAGUCAGUAAGGAGAGGUGGAAAAUGCACCAGAUUUACAGCUGCAGCGACGAGAAUUUAGAAGUUUUCACCACUGUGAUUUCAUCCAAAUCAUGUAGUCCUGCCCGAAGACGAGCCAAAAGUACGCAGCACAUCCUAACAAAGAGCGUGGUAGCCAUAUCCAACCACCGGCCCCACAGGACCGAGAAGCUGCAUCCUCACCAGGGUGACCUCCUCCAGGUGCUGUACAACGGAGAAGAGGUGCAGGGCUUGGGCUGCCUGCAGAGCCAGCAGCGGGGACCCUGCCCUGCCAAGGGUGCUGCCCAGCACGUGGGAAUUACUGAACGAGAAUCAUCCAAGUCCUGUAAUCACCCAUUGGAUGGAAAAUCUUUGAUUCCACCAUCUCCAGUUGCCCACAUCACUGUGAAAGCGGUGGCUGUCACAGAUUCACCCACAGGCAACAGCACUUCCAUGGAAGAUCACCGGCAGCACUGGAGGAAGGCAGCAGAGUACGACCUGACCCUGCCCGCAGGAGCAGAAGCUUCCCUACCACUGACAGGAGGCAACCUGUGUGGGACACCCAGCCUCCUGAGGAAGAUGUGGAUGAAGCACAAGAAGAAGUCAGAGUACCUAGGGGCAACAAACAGUGCCUUUGAGGCAGACUGACAAGGCUCAGCAUCACUUGGAAGGACGGACGGUCCUUUAGCCAAGGACAAGGUGCUCUAAGAUCAAUGAAGGAACAGACAUAGCACAACUCAUCCAGAAAAACUAUAUCCUUUUUAUUACUUGAUGAUAUUGCCUCUGAACAGUGGGAUGAAGUCCAGCUAAGGUAAAAAUUGAUGAACGUGAUUCAACUCACUGGCCUUUCUUUGUUGCAAUAUACUAAAAUCACAAAUAUCCCACUAGAUUUACAUCUUGACUCAAUGACGCUGAAACUACUCCCGGCCCAUUUACCAUUUUACGUGUCCUGUCUGAAUCAGCUUGGACUUGCAACAGGACAAGCCUACCAAUAGGUUUGUGUAUUCCUGCAAGGCAACAUAUUGAUUACAGAGUGCCAUUGAAUACCCUCAGUCUGCUCGCUGUGUAGCACUUCUUGUCCUCUCCCCCCUCUCAUAUCACGAGGUAAAACCCACAUCUUAUGAUAUGCUUGGUUGAAUGACAUACACUGAACGUAUUUCUUUUUUCUACAGUGUUGAUGUUUUAAGACAGGAGUAAAAGAUGCAAAAAUUGUAACAGAAAGUGUCAGAACGCAGCAAGUUUGCAAACACACAUUUACCAAACUUUGCUAUGUGACAGGUGAUUGGUGGGUGUUUCAAAGUGUCCUGACAGAUCAAACUGUGAGCCACUCGAUAACCUCGAGAUACUUUCUUCCACAGAACCUGCUUACAUGUUAAGUGGUAGU